AUGGUUAUUUCCGAUUUCGAUUUUACACUCUCGAGAUUUUCGGAUCCCAGUGGUCAAAGAUGCUCGUCUUGUUAUUGUGUUUUUGAUAAUGCUGUUGGUAGAAAUGAUCCAGAAUGGUGUAAAAAGGUGAGGAAAAUCCGGGUAUUUUUCUACAAAAAUUGCGUCAGCAAGCUCUGCUGGCCCAUUUUAAGUUAUCAAAAACCCCAUUGCUCUUACUAAAAACAAUAUUUUUCAUAGUUCGUCGAUCUUUACCACAAAUACGGACCAAUUGAACACGAUCAUUCAUUAACCAUCGAAGAAAAGGUUCCCUUUAUGGAACAAUGGUGGCAACAAUCACACGAACUUAUAAUUCAAGCAGGUUUCGACAAAAAAUCGAUCGAUGAAUACGUGGCAAAAUGCAAUAUUCAACUGAGAGACAAUGCUGAUAUUCUGAUGGCUGAAAUGACAAAAAACCGUGUGCCUUUUAUCAUUUUUUCCGCCGGCAUCGGCACAAUCAUCGAAAUGUAUUUGAAGCAUAAAUUCGGAAAAGUCGAGCAGAACACACACAUUGUUUCGAAUAUGAUGGGAUUCAAUGAGGCUGGACAAGUAACCUCGUUUUCCGAACCGCUGAUUCAUGUGUUCUGCAAGAAUUCGUCGGUGAUUCCGAAAGAUCAGACAUUUUCCGAGCAGAUUCAUGGACGACGAAAUGUGAUUUUGAUGGGUGACAGUGUUGGAGACGCUUUUAUGGAUGUUGGGGUCGAGGAGGAACAAUUAGCGUUGAAAAUUGGAUUUGUUAAUCAUGAUGUAAGUUUGCUUCUGGGGUCUUGACGCGAAAAUACGUGGAAAUUUUGCGCGGAGCAUUUUGACACCAAAAACGAUAUGUUUUUUUUACAGAUCGAUAAACUCGUCGACAAAUAUCUCAACUAUUUCGACAUUGUUCUCGUCGACGAUCAAUCAAUGGAUGUUCCGAAUCGGAUUCUCGACGCAAUUUACUCGAAAAACUUUUAA